GAUUCUGCAUGGAGGUUUUCUGGCUUCGACUAAUCGUGUCUGACCUAAGGAGCGAAUGGCUGGACCGGUUUAUUGUGAACAAUGGCUCGGCUAAACUCUCUACGGCAUGGAUGACGAAUUUUCACGACAUCACAUAUACGGCGGCGUUGGAUUCUCUAAUUUUUAUGACGGAGCGACCAUUACUUUUUUAUAUACCACCACACACCCGACACUUUCGCCAGUUCUGCACAUGGCUUACUGCUGCGGUAUCGGGUUCUUGGCCGCUCACAUAAUUAUACACCCAAACAUUGAGAUUGAUUUUUUCCAUCCACAUGGUCCAAAGGCUACGUGCCGGGAGGAAUUUAUAUCACAAUGCUAUAUCACGAAUUCGAUAGCAAUUCCACCUCAGUUUGGAUUACUUAACUCUAUACACUUACGAAGAAUUUGCACUUGGUUCCUCUUGGCACCCGUCUACUACCUUUAAUACCUUAGGUACGCAACAGGAUCCUACUCGCAAUACCACAAGAUUCUAAACGAAACUUGGUUACGGGACAUGCCGCGGCAGUUUAUUAGUACGACAGCCAUUUAGGACAACCCUUUACUUUGCGAGGAAGUGGUUCGGUCGGAUGUGCCACGAAUUUUGCGCUGUAUUUUCUUUGCCUUGGUGGCU